GGCGGGGCAGGGGGAGCCUUAUAAUUGGACGAGUCUGGCAUCCCUGAGUCCUACUCAGCCCCAGCGGAGGCGAAGGAGGAGGUUCCCCAGGAGCCGGCUGGAAGAUGAAGGUUCUGUGGGCGGCGCUCCUGGUCGCGUUCCUGGCAGGAUGCUGGGCCGAUGUGGAGCCGGAGCCGCAGCUGGAGCGGGGGCUGGAGCCGGAGGCCCCGUGGCAGGCUAGCCAGCCCUGGGAGCAGGCGCUGGGCCGCUUCCGGGAUUACCUGCGCUGGGUGCAGACGAUGUCUGACCAGGUGCAGGAGGAGGUGCUCAACACCCAGGUCACCCAGGAACUGACCGUGCUGAUGGAGGAGACCAUGAAGGAGGUGAAGGCCUACAGGGAGGAGCUGGAGGAGCAGCUGGGCCCCAUGGCCUCGGAGACGCAGGCCCGCGUGGCCAAGGAGCUGCAGGCGGCGCAGGCCCGGCUGGGCUCGGACAUGGAGGACGUGCGCAACCGCCUGGCGCAGUACCGCGGCGAGCUGCAGGCCAUGCUGGGCCAGAGCACCGAGGAGCUGCGGGGCCGCCUCGCCUCCCACCUGCGCAAGCUGCGCAAGCGGCUGCUCCGCGACGCCGACGACCUGCAGAAGCGCCUGGCCGUGUACCGCGCAGGGGUGCGCGAGGGCGCGGAGCGCAGCGUCUCCACCUUGCGUGAGCGCCUCUGGCCGCUGGUGGAGCAGGCGCGUGUGCGCAACGCCAACGUCGCCGCCCUGGCCACGCAGCCGCUGCGGGAGCGCGCCGAGGCCCUGGGCCAGCAGCUGCGCGAGCGGCUGGACGAGGUGCGCGAGCAGGUGGAGGAGAUGCGGGUCAAGAUGGAGGAGCAGGCCAACCAGAUGCGCCAGCAGGCCGAGGCCUUCCAGGCGCGCCUCAAGAGCUGGUUCGAGCCCUUGGUGCAAGACAUGCAGCGCCAGUGGGCGGGGCUGGUGGAGAAGGUGCAGGCGGCCGUGGGCACCGCCCCCACCACGGCGCCAGUGCCAGUGGAGAACCAGUGAGGGCCCCACCCCCCUCGCGCGCCCUUGCCUCCUCCCUCCUCCCCCCCCAGACUACAGGAGGCCCUGUCCCUGCUGUCCUUCUGGAAGGUCCCGUAGCUUAAUAAAGAUUCACCGAGCGCCACAGCA